AUGGGACGUGGAACAUCUUACGAAAUAAAAUCUAAGAAAAUCAAUAACUUUUCUUUAGGCAUAUUGAAAUGGUACGAUAAUAAACCAGUAAAUAUAGCAUCUAAUUUUAUUACGUCUAGUGAAGUUGAAAUUAUAAAACGCUGGGACAAAAAAAAUAAAAUGUAUGUAGAAAUAGAAAGACCGGAAAUUAUAACGUUAUAUAACAAAUCAAUGGGUGGCGUUGACAAAAUCGAUCAACUUAUAAGUACAUAUAGGACAUUUAUAAAAUCCAAAAAAUGGACAUUACGACUUAUAGUACAUGCUUUUGAUUUGGUAGUGGCCAAUUGCUGGAUUCAAUAUCUCAAAGACGCAAAGUAUUUAAACAUCCAAAAAAAUAAAAUCCUAGAUUUGCUAUAUUUUCGGCUGCAGUUAGCUAAUGAAAUAAUAAAUUUUCGUAAAUUAACUCCAAAAAGAAAAGGCAGACCUAGUAAUACUUCUACUGAUAGGAGUUCAAGAUGUUCAUCUAAUUCUGAAGAUGUAUGCACACAGAUAUCUCCGCAAACAAAUAAAAAAAUAAAAACUGAUAGUCCUAUACCUCACGAUGUAGUAAGAUACGAUACAAUAGAUCAUUUACCUGGUGUUGAUAACUUGAAAAAUCCAACAAAAUGCAAGCAUCCAAAAUGUUCACGAAAACAUCGAACGCACAUUUUUUGCGAAAAGUGUAAAGUACACUUAUGUUUGGCUUCAGGAAGAAAUUGUUUUGCUGAUUUUCAUAUUAAGAAAUAA